UGGCUCACUGCAUUUGAACAUAGGCAUCGCCUUCGCUACCGCAAUCGACCCAGCGAGUCUGGAUCCGCUGAUCCCGCUGCUGUAGCUCAAGGUCGUCAACGACUCCAAGAAAUCACGGAUCGCUACCCUGCAAAGGACAUCUACAAUAUGGACGAGACGGGGCUUUGCUACGCAAUGGCCCCAGCUCGGUCUAUUUGUACGAAGCGGGCGCGAGGAGUCAAGAAGAAGAAGACCCGUAUUACGCUUGCUCUCACGGUGAACGCUGACGGCACGGACGCACUACCGCCGUUGUUCCUGGGUCGCGCCAAGCAGCCUCAUUGCUUUGAGAAGCGCUCUGCAGAAAGCCUCGGCUUCUCAUACCGGGCUAAUGCGAAGGCCUGGAUGACAGGACCGAUAUUCCGAGAAUGGCUACACAAUCUGGAUCGGGACAUGCGAGCGGCAGGGCGUCAUAUCUUGCUGCUGCUAGAUAGCGCGUCUUCUCAUAAGACCGGCGAUCUGGUGUGUACAAACAUUCGCGUGGAGUUCCUACCCCCGAAUACUACUACCUACUUGCAACCUAUGGACGCCGGCAUCAUUGCACUGUUCAAGCGGGCGUACAGGAGAAGGCAGAUUCUCUGGGUGUACGAAAAGAUCAAGGACGUGAAGAAGCUGAAGAAGGAGCCCUACGCGGUCGAUCAGUUGCAAGCAAUGCGGUGGAGCAAGGAGAUCUGGCAAGAGCUGCAGGAUAAGUCGGCCAUCGAAAACUGCUUCCGCCAUACUGGAAUUGUUUUUAACGGUGUAGAUGAAAGGUGCGGCGAUUCCAACGACACUACUUAUGACGAAGACGUCAGUGUAGAAGAUAUUAUAAUUCGUGCUUCGCAGUUGAGCUUUUAA